AUGACCGAAACUAAAUCCCACGGUGAUUUUGAUGAUGAAGAAACGCUGACCGUACAGUUUAAAAAGGCCGAAGACGUGAUAAAUGACAUAGGAAAUGGUCGGUUUUCGGCUAUGGAUUUACAGACUCGCAUUUCGGAAGCUGUCAGCAUCCUCGAAAAGCUUACUCAUGCCGUGUCUACGCUCGGCUUAUUCUCCGACAAUGAGGAGGUAGAAGAUCUUGCGACUUCUUCCAUUCCGUUUCUUCUCAUCCCUUGCUACCUUGGUGUCGCUCAUCAUAAUACCACAACAGAGCCUAGCCAUCGUGCCGACCAAUUGCAACUUGCCAAGGUUUAUUACCGCGAUUUCUUGAAGCGGCUACGCAGUUAUGGCUUCGAGUUUGAACGCGACUACUUUUUCGUUGAAGGAGGACAUGAGGAAGGCACCGAUGCUUCUCGAUCUGGAAUAAAGAAAUUUACCGGCGAAGAAUUGCGAGAACUGAAAAUUGCUAGAUAUCGAAAGCAGCAGGAAUUGAAAAAGACAAUGUCUGAGUUGAAGAAGCAGCUGGAGCAGAACAACGGCGACGAGUCACUCUUGAGAAGUCUCCAUUUGGCAGUGGUAAAAUAUUGGCAAGAAAAAGUUAUCGAAGAACUUGAAUCGAUUGAAGACGAGCUUCCUCUCGUAGAAAUGAUGAAAAAACGUAUGCAAGAAAACAGCAAUGGAUCAGCAACAUCAAAUCGGCCAUUACAGAAAAGUGACACGAAACCAGCACCGUUGCGACCCUUCAUAAUUACACGAACAGAGCAGCAAAAAGCUGUAUUUGGCCUCGGAUAUCCUUCUAUUCCCACGAUGACGGUCGAUGAAUGGUACAACCAGCGAUUCGGUAGCGCAUCGACUACAUCACAGCAACAGCAACAACACCACCAACCAGACGACAGCGAUUCAAAAGUCAACCCGUCUGGAGGACUUGAGGAAGAGGAAGCUGAGGAACGAGAGAGGGCGAGGCUGAUGAGAUGGGAUGAAUAUAAGGACGAUCACCGACGAGGUUGGGGAAAUACACACAACAAGGGAUAA